AAGAUACGCUUGUAGCACAGCAGAAGGCAGUUAUUCUCCUGCUAAGAAAAGUGUACCAUGGCUCCUCAAAACACAUUUAUUUCCCUUCUGAUCUGUUCUUUACUGUGCAUAUCCAUAGGAUCUCUAGUAAGAGUUACCGAUGGUGGAUAUGACGAUAUUGUGAUUGCAAUCCAUCCACAUGUGAAGGAAGAUGCCAAAAUCACAGAAAAUAUACAGAAUAUGGUCAAAGAAGCCACAAGUUAUUUGUUUCAAGCUACUCAAAAGAGGCUCUACAUAAAAAGUGUUAAAAUUCUAAUCCCAUCUACCUGGACACCAGGAAGUAAAUAUAUAACGCCAACAAAAGAAACCUAUAAUGAGGCAGAUAUUAUUAUCGCCUCUCCCUAUCUGAAAUAUGGAGAUGACCCUUAUACUUUACAGUAUGGACUCUGCGGAGAACCUGGAAAAUAUAUUCACCUUACACCCAACUUCUUACUCAAUAACAGUCUACUCUCUGGUUACGGACCAAGAGGUAGAGUAAUGGUCCAUGAAUGGGCUCAUCUCCGAUGGGGGGUGUAUGAUGAAUACAAUGAUGAAAAACCUUACUAUGUUUCAGAAUACGGAAAAGUAGAAGCCACGAGAUGUCCUGCAGAUAUUUUUGGAAUUAACAUCCAAACCGGCAAAUGCCAAGAAGAAUCAUGUCCAACACAGCAUUGCCAGUUCGAUCCUGAUACUGGCCUCUAUGAACAGGGAUGUACAUUUCUGCCUGAUACAUCCCAGUUUAUGCGGGAAUCUAUCAUGUAUUCACAGGCUUUGACUGAUAUAACUAAAUUCUGUGAUGCCAGCACCCAUAACACCAUGGCACCGAAUCUACAUAACAGAAUGUGUAACUAUCGCAGUACAUGGGAAGUAAUCAUGGACUCCAACGAUAUCCUUUCCACUCCCCCAAAAACUGACUUUAGUACCCCUGAGCCCACCUUCACACUGCUACAGUCCAAAGACAGAGUUGUUACUCUGGUACUUGAUACAUCUAGAAGUAUGAACCAGGAUAAUCGUUUAGGCCGUCUGCACCAGGCAGUGGAUGUCUUCCUUUCACAGAUUAUUGAGUCUUCAGCUUAUGUUGGUGUUGUCCAGUUUGCAAGUUCCACAUCUAUCAUCUCAUCUUUGAAAAAAAUGGAUAAGCAACAACGAGAAAAUGUAAUCUCCUUGGUUCCCUCUUCUGCCACAAAUGAAAUUAUGAACAUUUGUCCUGGAAUUCUUGCUGGACUUGAGGUGAACAAAAACCUACACGGCUCAGCACAAAGCACUGAAAUAGUUCUAAUGACAGAUGGAGAAGACAACUUCAAUUUGAGCUUAUGCUUCCCCGAAAUAGCAGCAAGUGGAGUCAUCAUACAUGUUAUAGCUUUUGGACCAAAUGCCGAAAAAAAUCUUGAAAGCCUUGCAGACUUGACUGGAGGAUUAAUGUUUUCCGCAUCUGAUAAUCUGGACAUAAAUGACUUCAUUGGUGCCUUUACUGGGGCUUUACCUCGAAAUGGGUUUGACUCCAAACAACCUGUUCAGCUGGAAAGCAUAUCCGAGAGCCUCCAACCAUUAGCAUGUUUGAACGGCACUGUUUUUAUUGAUAGCACAGUGGGAAAUGACACGUUCUUCCUUGUCACCUGGCAAACUGCAAUACCAAGAAUUAAUUUACAAGAUCCAAAGGGAAGAGAAUAUGACUCAAUAUUGUUCACAAGUGAUGUAGCUGCCAAAUUGUCCAAGCUCCACUUCCCAGGAACAGCAGAGAGAGGACGCUGGGAUUACAGCCUCUGCAAUUCAUUUACAUCACCCCAAGAUAUAGGCAUAACUGUGACAUCCAAAGCAGCUGCUGAAAAUGUGCCACCAAUUCUUGCAUUCUGUCACAUGAAUCAGAAUAAUAUUACCUAUCCAAAUUUAUUGGUCAUCUAUACAUUUAUAAGUCAAGGAUUGCGGCCAGUGACUGGAGCAAAAGUGAUGGCCAUUAUUGAACCAGAAAGUGGAACGCCUGUGACUAUGGAGCUUUUGGACAGCGGGACAGGUCCUGACACAGCAAAGAAUGAUGGCAUCUAUUCAAGAUAUUUCACUCAUUUUACUACAAAUGGAAAAUACAGUGUAAGAGUGAGAGCUGUAUUAGAAGAAAACAAAAGCCAUUUAACAGUGCCAAAGAAUCGUGCUUUUUAUAUACCUGGCUACGUUACUCGCGGUACAAUCACUAUGAACCCUCCAAAACCUCCAGUGAAUGAUGAUGUUCCGCUUGAUGUUGGACCAUUCAGUAGGACAGCUUCCGGUGGCUCUUUUCUGGUAUCCAAUGUUCCAACGGUAGAACAGCCAGAUGUUUUCAAACCAGAGAAAAUAUAUGAUCUGGAGGCCCAGUUAGUGGAACGUAGGAUUGUAUUGUCAUGGACAGCAACUGGUGAUGAUUUAGACCAGGGACAAGCAUCAAGAUAUGAAUUAAGAUGGAACACUGACCUUAAGAAACUCAAAGACAACUUUGAAAGCAGUACUCUAGUCAUUUCUGACAGACUCAUACCAUCACCUGCUGGAUCAAAAGAGAGUUUUACUUUUGUACCUGAAAAUGUUAUCAUACAAAACGGAACUGCCAUUUUUUUUGCUAUAAUUGCCAUCGACAAAGAAUCUCAGAAAUCUGAUUUAUCUAACAUUGCACGGUCUGUUUUCUAUAAUGUUCCACCUCCACCUCUACCUACUCUGCUACCCACCAAAACCACUAUUGCAGCAACUACAACCAACACACCAAUGUUACCCACCACCACCACCCCCACUACCACCAUCACUUCUACAUCAAUUAAACCCACUAGUGAGCCUUUUGCCUUACCAAACAAAAUCAUACUGACUCUAAUAAUAUGUUCAAUACUGAUUUUGAUUUGUCUAGUGGUUUGCAUUGCCAUUUGUAUUUGCUGUCGAUAGAGGAAGAAUCAGUGUAAGCAUAUCUGUAAACACUAUAAUUAAAGUGGUCUCUGGCAAAUAAAAUAAUUUGGAUGGCCA